AUGUCAUCCCAAAAUGACUGGAUUGGCCGGAAAAUACUCCAUGAUCGCCGUCUCACACCAGGUGCCAAGAUUACAAUCAAACGGAUUCGCUGGAGAAUCAAGGAAAUCAUCAAUUGCCGCACUCACCACAUGAAUCAAGAAAAUGUUAGAAGUGAUAAUCCAUCUCUCGUCUCAAUCAGACUAUAUUGCCAUGAUGACGCCAAACCCAGCUUCAAGGCUAUGAUGCGCAUCUAUGUACAGAUCCCAUGGACCGGCACGGAAUUCGAAGAUUCUGCAACUCUAGCCAAGCAAGCCAUGGCGUUCCGGCACCCGGAGCUCGCUGCAUACAAAUGGAUCAGCAGGAAUCAAUCGGUAUCAAAGUUCACUCCAAAGCUCCUUGAAUUCAAUGAAGAAAAGCAGACUAGCGACGACGUGGUCCCCAAGGGCUUUAUUACCCACUUUGUCUGGGAAUUCGUACCUGGGGUGCGGCUGGGUGACGAAUCCAUGGUUGCGACUGGAUUCUGGGAAAACAUCAAGGAAUUGAAAAAGCGCGAUCGGAUCCGCGAUAUCUUCAAACACCAUUUUGAGUAA